AUGGUGAAUAUAGACGAGUACGAACGGCUAGAAAAGAUAGGAGAGGGCACAUACGGUGUAGUUUACAAAGCACGGAGUAUCAGAACCAACCAGAUUGUAGCACUGAAACGGAUCAGACUGGACAGUGACUGUGAGGGGGUCCCCAGUACGGCAAUUAGGGAGAUAUCUUUCUUGAAGGAACUAUCCGAGGAUUAUAAUAUUGUCAAGUUGAUCGACGUUCUGCACAACAAUGGUGAUAAAAAGUUGCACUUAGUAUUUGAGUACCUAGAUCAGGAUCUGAAGAAGUAUAUUGAUUCCCACAACGGCCAGCCUAUGGCUCAUCAUGUCAUAAAGAGUUUCUUGUACCAGCUGAUAUCCGGGGUAAAGUUCUGUCACGAGAAGAGGAUCCUUCACAGAGACCUCAAACCUCAGAACCUCCUCAUCAACUCUCAGGGAGCACUGAAGUUAGCAGACUUUGGUUUAGCCCGCUCAAUCAGUAUACCAGUUCGAACUUACACGCAUGAGGUAGUAACACUGUGGUAUAGGGCUCCGGAGAUUUUAUUGGGUUGUCAUAACUACGCUACUUGGGUCGAUGUUUGGAGUAUUGGCUGCAUUCUUGCUGAGAUGAUUACUGGGAGGUCACUGUUUCAAGGAGAUUCCGAGAUCGACCAGCUUUUCAGGAUUUUCAGGACUUUAGGAACACCAGACGAUAACGUGUGGCCCGGAUUCUCUCACCUUCCCGAUUACAAAGAUAAAUUCCCAAAGUGGCCUCGCCAGGACAUCGUUAACGUUGUUGGAGAAACUAUUGAACUGGAUGGACAAGACUUGCUUCGGAAAAUGCUGACAUAUAACCCCGAGAAACGCGUGCCCUGUGAACAAGCCUUGAGAAGUCCGUACUUCAAAGACGUAAUCCUGCCAAUAGGCAUGCCCCGACAGAGACAUUAUUAGUUUACAAAUCACACCACAUCCCCUCAAAACCUCUAUCACAAAGUCAGUAGCAUGUAGAUUACAGUUUCCAGGAGCUCUGUUCAGUUUGACCGCAGUUCCGAGUGAAAUGUUGUGGGUGAAAUGUUGUGGGUGAAAUGUUGUGGGUGAAGUUUUCUUGAUCGAUUUUUGUACGGUUCCCCGUUGUAAUCAAUGGAAUGAGAACAUAACAGCAAAGAUGUAAAGAUUCGUGUAUUGUGAAAUGCUUGAUCGAUUACAUCUUUACAUGUUUUGUAGUUUUAAGAAAUCGGUUAGCGAAUUGCGACCAACUUUUGCACCCAAAGCAUGAUUCAAAUCGUUUCUGUGGAUACAUAAACUUUACUGACGGUCUGUAUAUUACACUAAACAUUGAUGUUUACUCUUAAAGAGCUUGUCCAUGCUAAUUUAACCAAGAAAAGAAUUGUUUCUAUGGAAACAAAUAUAUAGAUAGCAUUUCUAAAUUGCAGUUUUUAGGUUUUAUAAAUUGUCUUAAAAUUUGUUAUCCGGAAUGGGCUAAGCUGAAUGAUUUUGGACUUAAUUAUCAUGAUAUUUAUAGACGAUAGACAUACAUAACAAUACAAAAUGUUGCCUUUAGUAAUUAAAUUUGAAUCGAAGCAUAGUCCAUUCCUAUUGUUAUUUGUUUUUAAUGUUUAUUUCAAAUAUACGUGGCUUCAGUUUUAUUCUCACACC